UCUGGAAUGAUAUCCUACGCUGGGCUGACCGGAACCGCACUCCGUGCUACAACGGCCUGCUGGCGGCACUGGAUCUGCACAAUCGCCCGCAGGCCCAACAGGAGUUAUUGCUAGUGGUCAAGCUCGAUUAUUCGCCGUGUGCACAGCAUUUCAAUGACAGAUUCCUCACGACGAAGGUCUUGGUCACGAGUUGGCAGAAAGUGAAGGAGACCAAGGUUGCGUGGAUAAGGCAACACCUCGCCAAGAUCGCUGCCAGCCGUGCGUGCCUGGAGGAAGAAGUUAUGUCGCUACCCCAAUUGGUCGUGUAUGGAGUCGGGGCGGUCGUGCUCAUCGCCGACUUCAGCGAUCAGACGGCGUGGGAAGGCAGCACGGUGAUCCUCGAGCUUCCGUAUCGGAUCCAAAAUCUCGACUUAUUGGCAAGACCUGUGUUCAGCCAGGCUGGCUGGCAACACGAACUGAUGGGAGAAUUAAACAAAUCG